CUGCCGCCAGUCGACACUUGUGACUCGAACCGAGCGCAGCUAACACAUCCCACAACGAGAGGGAGCACAGAGUACAGUUACAAAUAUGUCAUUAUCAUCGUCAGCGAAUCUGCUCAUCAGCGCCCUGUGCCUGUGCCUGCUGCAGCGGGAGAUCAGCGCUGGUUUGUCCAUGGUGCUGGGCAACCUCACCCUCUUCAAUGUCCAAUUCAAGUCCCCCAGCUGGCUGGGACGCUCGAUAGUCGGCGACAGCAACUUGCGCAUAGAGAGCGAUGUGGAUCCAAAUAUUUUGGAAGAUUCGCACUUGGACACGCUCCAUUUGAUACAAAAGUAUGGCUACCCCGCGGAGAAUCAUACCGUGCAGACCGACGAUGGCUACAUACUCACUCUGCACAGAAUCGCGCGGCCUGGCGCAAUGCCCGUGCUCCUGGUGCACGGCCUGCUGGACAGUUCGGCCACUUGGGUGAUGAUGGGACCCAACAAAGGCUUGGGUUACCUGCUCUAUGAGCAGGGCUACGAUGUUUGGAUGGCCAACGUGCGCGGCAAUACGUACUCCAGGAAGCACGUGAAGUACAGUACGCGCCAUGCCAAGUUCUGGGACUUUACGUUCCAUGAGAUGGGCAAGCACGACAUACCCAGCACAAUAGACUUUGUGCUCAACCACACGGAUGUCAGCCAAUUGCAUUACAUUGGCCACUCGCAGGGCUCGGUUGUGUUCUGGAUCAUGGCCAGUGAGAAGCCCGAGUACAUGGAUAAGAUCGUGUUUAUGCAGGCUCUGGCACCGGUGGCCUUCCUCAAGCAUUGCCGCAGUCCUGUCGUCAACUUCUUGGCCGAGUGGCAUUUAUCGGUGAGCGUGGUCCUCAAGCUGAUUGGCGUCCACGAGUUUCUGCCCAAGAACGAGUUCAUCAGCAUGUUCAAUCGCUUCAUUUGCGACGAGACAACCAUUACCAAGGAGAUCUGCUCGAAUGUGAUCUUCCUCACCACUGGCUUCGACAAGCUGCAACUGAACGAGACGAUGCUGCCUGUGAUUGUGGGCCACUCCCCGGCCGGCGCUUCCACCAAGCAAAUGCAACACUUUGGCCAACUGAACAGAUCGGGCGCCUUCAGACAGUUCGACUAUGGCUGGCUGCGGAAUCAUUGGCGUUAUGGCCACAUAGAUCCCCCCUCAUACAAGCUGGAGAAUGUGCGGGCCAAGGUGGCGCUUUAUUAUGGCAAAAACGAUUGGCUGGCGCCGCCCGAAGAUGUGGAAAUGCUGCACAGCAAGCUGCCCAAUGUGGUGACAAAGUAUUUGGUGGACGAUCCGGAGUUCAAUCACCUGGACUUCAUAUGGGCCAUCAAUGGCAGGGAAUUGCUGUGGGACCGCAUGCUGGAGAAUAUGCGAAAUCAGGAGAACUCGGUUAUAUGAGGGGUGGAAACAAAGCUAGAAGUAAAAGUAGAAGUAGAAAUUAUAGUCUAAAUAAUUACAAUAUAAGCAGCGUACAGUUAGGUAUUUAUUUGGAUUUACUUUACUUUGGCUAACUUGUGUACAUA